UAGGAGCCCCGAUAAAGUUCACAUGUUAACAUGCGCCCGCGUCGAUUAUUUAUCCAAAUAUCGCCUUCACAAGAAGUCCUCUUGCAGCGCUGAAUAUUAAUUAUAAGAUGUCAAAGUGCCUGUGUUCCCGUUGCUUCUUCUGCAUUGGUCUUCGGGCCGGCUGUGCGAUUAUAGGAACUAUUUUAGUGAUAUUUAAAAUGGUGGAGUGCUUUUGUAGUACAAUAGUUGCUAUUGAUUUGUACACGGCAGCUAUGAAAGACAAGAGUCGGCAUAACAUUGAAGGUGGUGGGGAGAGGCUGGGAGCCUUUGCCGUCGCUGCCUUCCACUGGAUCACCAUGUUGGUCGUAUGCGCCUUACUGGAGGGGUUGCGAAAGAGAGAUUCAAAACGCGUGUUCGGCUUCAACAUAUGUUCAAUAGUAGCUUAUGCUUUGUACAUACCAAUCUUCAUAUUCGUGGUGGCUAAGAAUGGUGGAGACUACACACAGCACGAUUGGGUCAUUACAGGCUUGAGAGUGGGAGUCAUUGCCUGGUAUGCCUACACAAUACUUAUAGCAAGAAGUUAUCACCACGAGCUGACAAAUAAAGGAUCUAACAGAAAUCCUCACGUUUAACUAUGAAACAUUUGAAUAAUCAAAUUGCUAUUAAAAGCAAAGAGGUCGCAACUCAAUAUACUUCUUGCACAUUAUAAUUUAAAUAGCUCGUAAUGAAGCGCAACCUCGUUGAUGGUUUCCACUAGGUGUUCAACAUGAUGUCCAUUCCCCUCUCGAGGCCUGAGCUCUUACAAAAUAAUAUACAAUACAUCGCAUUACGAAGGUAAUAAUUAGCUCAAUGGAUGAAGACGCGAAGCAUUCUGUGAACUUUACUCUUAUUUAUAAAGCAUUGUUAGCAACGUUGAACGCAGAGGGAAGGUUUCGAUCGUUCCGAUAAGUCGUGGUCGUGGUCGGUCGUGUACCUAAUUUUAAUUAUGUUUGGGACACAAUCAUCCAGUCCUGGAUUUGUAAAUAGGCCGUAUAAGCCGCGGCCUAUGGGCGGGAGCCUUUUAGGGGCGGCAGAUUUCAGAAGACGUUCACUCGAUUUAAUUAAUCAUUCGUUUAUUUAACUUUAGUUCUUCCAUAAUACAUAAUAAGUAUUUUAGAAACCUACAUAGAUACAUAAAGCUACCUACAUUGAGCAGCGGAAAUAAAGUGGCCUACUCUCAUAAAAUAUAUAAAUCCGGCACUGCACUCAUUAUGCGCUCUUAUUUAUCGCGUUUCAUUUCACUAAUUUGUGACCAUCCGAUUAAUUAAGGUUGUUUGCGUUCGACGUUAAUUGUUGUAUUCAUUAUAAGGAUAAGUAUUAGUAAGAAUUUUGUAAGAUCAAAUAAAAGUUAAUUUUAUAAAUUGUA